AUGUUGGGAACGAUACGUGGUAAUCAGGCACAUGCUAAUACCCAGAAAGGUGCUAAUAAAAAGUUGAACGAACUUUUGGAGUCAUGUGAUAAUCUACCAUCUGCAUCGUCUGAAUUGGGUUCCAUCCAGGUCAGUAUUAAUGAAUUGAGAAGACGUGUUUUCCAAUUGAAAAAUAAAAAGAAAGUCACCAAUGACCAUACCAAAGCCCAUUAUUUGCUGGCUAACAGCGGCUUGACUUUUGAGGAUGUUGACUCUUUUAUCAAAGACUUGCAAACAAAGCAGUUUUUAGAGCAAAAUGCCCCCAAGAAGAUCGAAGGUGAGGAGCUGGAGUUCUAUUUAAAGACCAAAAAGGACGAGAACAUUUUGAUGUCCAUUGAACAACUUUUAACUGGCGCUACAAAAGAUUUUGAUAAUUUUAUCAAUCAAAAUUUGAAUCUUGAUUGGUCUCAGCAUAAGGAUGAAGUGAUGAAGAAUUUUGGUAUCCUUGUACAAGAUAAGAAGACCCUUGACCAUAGAGAAUCUAUAAGUUCGUUGGACCCAAAGCUUCCAAGCUGGGGCAGUAAAGGCAAUAACAUUUUGAACAGCAACGAAUCAAGAUUAAAUGUCAAUGAAAAUAAUAUUCUUAGAGAAAAAUUUGAAAAUUAUGCCAGAAUUGUGUUUCAACUUAACAAUAGUAGACAAGCAAAUGGAAGUUACGAUAUAGCUACUGAGUUUAUCUCGAUAUUAUCUUCUGCAAAUGGUUCAAGAAACGUCCAACUACUAGAGAGCUGGAGAAUUCUAGAAUCUAUGAAAAGUAAAGAUAUUAAUGUUGUUGAAGUUGGUAAACAGUACCUUGAGCAACAGUUUCUACAGUAUGCUGAUAAUUUAUAUAAAAAGAAUAUGAACGAAGGGUUGGCUACCAACAUCAAUAAAAUUAAAUCCUUUAUUGAUACCAAAUUAAAGAAAGCAGACAAGUCUUGGAAGAUUUCCAAUUUGACUGUGAUAAAUGGCGUACCAAUAUGGGCCUUGAUAUUCUAUUUAUUGAGAGCCGGCCUGAUCAAAGAAGCAUUGGAGGUUUUAGUAGACAACAAGGCUAAUGUCAAAAAAGUGGAACAAUCAUUCUUAACUUAUUUCAGAGCAUAUGCUUCUUCAAAGGACCAUGGCUUACCGGUUGAAUAUUCCGCCAAACUUCACACCGAAUACAAUCAACACAUCAAAAGUUCUCUAGAUGGCGAUCCUUAUCGUUUGGCUGUCUAUAAAUUAAUCGGGAGAUGUGACUUAAGUAGAAAAAACAUUCCUGCAGUUACCUUAAGCAUCGAAGAUUGGUUAUGGAUGCAUCUCAUGUUAAUUAAAGAAAGUGAUACAGAUAAUGAUCCGAUUUAUGAAAGGUAUUGUUUGGAAGAUUUCCAAAACAUUGUAAUAUCAUAUGGGCCAUCUCGCUUCUCAAACUACUAUUUACAAACACUAUUGUUAAGUGGGCUCUAUGGAUUAGCAAUUGAUUACGCAUAUACAUUCAGUGAAAUGGAUGCGGUACAUUUAGCCAUAGGGUUAGCAAGCUUGAAGCUAUUCAAGAUUGACAGUUCUACGCGUUUGGCAAAAAAAACAAAGAGAGAUAUCAGGUUUGCAAAUAUACUAGCUAAUUACACCAAAUCUUUUAGAUACUCGGAUCCAAGAGUUGCUGUGGAAUAUUUGGUUUUGAUCACACUAAAUGAAAGACCAUCUGACAUUGAACUAUGUCACGAGGCCCUAAGAGAGUUAGUACUAGAAACCAAGGAGUUUGCUGUUCUUUUAGGUAAAGUUGGGCGUGACGGGGCUAGAAUACCAGGGGUAAUUGAAGAAAGACAACCUUUGUUGCACGUUCGAGAUGAAAGGGAAUUUCUCCAUACAAUUACUGAACAAGCAGCAAGAAGGGCUGAUGAAGACGGUAGGAUAUAUGACAGUAUCCUGUUAUAUCAACUCGCUGAAGAAUAUGAUAUUGUUAUUACACUUGUCAACAGCUUACUGAGUGAUACGCUCAGUGCCUCAGAUUUGGACCAGCCGUUGAUUGGACCCGAUGAUAACAGUGAAAGCAACUCUGUUUUGCUGGCCAGAAGGAUGGCUUCUAUAUAUUUCGAUAAUGUCGGCAUAUCGAAGCAGAUCCACAUUAGAAAUAAAGAAAAUUGCAUGUUGCUCUUGAACAUUUCCAGAAUUAGGGAGCUAUAUUUUGACAGGCAAUGGCAAGAAACAUUAUCGCAAAUGGAAUUAUUGGACUUACUCCCCUUUACAGACGAACUGUCCGCUAGAAAGAAGGCACAGGACUUUUCUAGUCUAGACGAUAAUAUUGUAAAGAAUAUUCCAAACUUGUUGAUUAUUACGCUGAACUGUAUAUCGAAUAUGGUUCGUACUUUGAACGGCAGCAAGUAUCAAACUUCCACAAAAGGCCAGCAAAUCGAUUCUUUGAAAAAUGUUGCAAGACAAUGUAUGAUUUAUGCUGGUAUGAUCCAAUACAGAAUGCCAAGGGAAACCUACAGCACUUUGAUUAAUAUAGAUGUCUCACUAUAG